UGUCAGGGAUUAACUAACAACAGGCCGCAUGCCAGAAGGCCAUAUGCGGGGCGCAAGAAACGCCUGGGCCAAUUACUUAAGGAAGCAAGGCAGACCAGUCAGGAUGAAGCUAGAGUGCUGUAAUUCCAAGACAGACGAGCACAUUGCAGCAUGCAAGGUGCUCGGAGCGAUCGAAGGCAUAGCACUGCGAGCACUCGAAGAAUCGUAUCAGUAUAUAGUCACUCGUUCUGGAGGACUCUGGGAGUUCUCCAGUAAGCAACUCAAGUGCAAGAUUGUCAGUACCCUUGGACAUAUGCUUGUUGUGAACCCUUUGGCUUCACCGAACCUCACCCCGUUGUCAAGUAUAACCUUCAGGAGUCCCUUUCAGAAGUGGGGGCUUUGAGAUUCGUCACAACAACUAGCCGAUCAUCAGCCGAAACUUGACAAAAGGGCACUAGAAAGGCACGAGAUCCUUACGAAGGCCGAGAACUCUCUAUCAACCCAGGCCCAGACCGGAGCUAUAGGCCUUAAAGACUUCCUCUUCCGGGCCAGGGUCUCUCGAAUACCUACCCCCUGUUGCGAAUGCGGCCAGGGCAGGGAGACAGUGGAACACUUAGCUGUAUGGUGCCGCUAAUUACCGAAGCCAAGGACUUGGCUGGCUACAGAGCUACGCUCGCAGAGAGACCUGUACAGGGCUCUCGACGAGUGAGGAAACAAAGCGAGAAGGCUUGCAAGAAAGGUGAUUAGGUGGCUACUAGGCUCUGGGAGGCUCCUGGAGUAUAGGCUAGCUGCACGGCUAGAACUA